CUCCAUUUGACACCGCCGUUCCUCCCUCCUCUGCAGCACAAUUCUCUCUCUCAUUCUCACUCACCCCCUCCCAACCCCUCUCGUCCAUUAGCAGGACGUGCAGGCGAGGACGGGACAGUCGAGGCGGCGCAAGACUGGGCAAAGCAUCAUGGACGUUCUGAAGAAGGGCUUCUCCAUCGCCAAGGACGGCGUCGUGGCCGCCGCGGAGAAGACCAAAGCCGGCGUGGAGGAGGCCGCCGCCAAGACCAAGGAGGGGGUCAUGUAUGUCGGAAACAAGACGAUGGAGGGCGUGGUCACCGGCGUCAACACCGUGUCCCAGAAGACGACGGAGCAGGCCAACCUCGUGGCUGACGCCGCCGUCUCCGGGGCCAACGAGGUCGCCCAGGCAACGGUGGACAGCGUGGAGAACGCGGCCUUAUCCACUGGAUUCGUCACUGUGGAGGAGGCGGUACCAGCGACCGAGGAGGCUGACGCGCCAAAAACCCAAGAUGGUGGAGAACAGACGGAACAGGCUGCUCAGUAGUCAGCAGCCACUUCCUGUGUUUGCCCGUCCAAUGAGGAGGAAGAAGAAGACCAAGCCCCGCCUUUCCCCUUGUGUUGUCAUGGCUACACUCGCUCAGCAUUCCGCUCUCGGCCGCCCGUGUGUCGUGCGGCCUCAAGCGUCCGAUCACGGGGAUGCGAGUCCUUUUCGGCGUGCAUGUCGCUUUGCCAACAACACACGAGCUUAAUUCAUCACCGCCCACUCUUAACACACUGAUCUGCGCUGUCUGGUUCUCUCUAUUAACUGAGCUUCACUUUUAUAAAACAAUACAAAUGAAAUAA